UGGACUGCACUCAUAUGAGUAUCAAGUGCUUCAGCAACUUUUCGCUUAUAUUGAAGAUCAAGUCUCCGUUCAACUUCUCUACGAUUUUCGCGAAAUGGAGAAGAAGCUACCGAGAAGAUUGGAAGGUAAAGUCGCGAUUGUGACUGCUUCGACGCAAGGAAUUGGCUUCGGAAUCAUUGAGCGUUUCGGUCUCGAAGGCGCUUCCGUCGUCGUCUCUUCCCGCAAACAGGCAAAUGUUGAUGAGGCAGUAGCAAAACUCAAAUCCAAGGGAUUGAUGCAUAUGGAAUCGUCUGUCAUGUUUCCAAUGCUCAACAUCGCCGCAAUCUUGUCGAAAAGACUGUACAGAGAUGACCCAUCGUGUCUAGUAAAGAGCUGUUCUUACAAGCUAUGGGAAAUCAAUGUCAAAUCUUCUAUACUUCUCCUUCAGGAUAUGGCUCCUCACCUAGAGAAGGGUUCUUCUGUUAUCUUCAUAACUUCUAUUGCUGGAUUUCAACCACAAGGAGCCAUGGCUAUGUAUGGGGUCACUAAGACUGCUCUUCUCGGACUAACCAAGGGCACUUGCUGCAGAGAUGGCUCCCGAUACACGUGUGAACGCAGUUGCACCCGGUUUUGUGCCCACACACUUUGCUUCUUUCAUCACCCGGAAGCUCCGAAGUGGGACGGCAUCGAAGAGAAGACUCUGCUUAACAGGUUGGGAACAACGGGAGACAUGGCUGCUGCGGCCUGCUUUCUUAGCAUCAGAUGAUUCUUCUUACAUCACGGGAGAAAACUUUGGUCGUCGCUGGAGGAAUGCCCUCAAGACUCUAAACCAAUUUUCCCAUCAAUAAUAGCGUAAAAAAAUG